GAGGCACCUGCAGCGCCCCUUGGCAGAUCAACGGAAACCCCCGUGGACGCGAGACCGCGCCCAGUCGGCUCAUGGCGAUGCCACCGCCGGAGGUGGGCGGCGGCAAGGUCGCGGUGCCGUCCUUGUCCACCCUGCUGGACCUGCGCCUGCCAGUGGUGGAGCUGGAGGCUGAUCGGCUCCAUGCGGCCGUGUCGUGGCUCUACAAGACCGUGCAGAAGUUGCAGCAGCAGAGCGCGGAGACCGACGGCUCGGUGAAGCGCCUCCAGGAGCAGCUGGAGUCCGCGGAGCGCGCCGCUGAGCGCGCCGUGGCCAGCCCGGUGAAGCCGGGCGCUGACGGGUCUCAGGAGCUCAUAGAGCAGCGUCUCCAACAGAUGGAGCAGCGCCGCUUGGGCGACCACGCCCUGCUGGAGACACGGCUGGAGGUGCUGCGCAGACAGAUGGAUGCAAGGCCAAGCACCGCGGACAUGCAGGCGGCGCAGGACCGGAGCGCCCGGUGCCUGCAAGAAGCGGCGCAGAGCAGCCGAGAGGAGCUGGCGGCUUUGGGGCGGAUGCUGCAGGCGGAUUUGUCUGCUCAGCAGCUGCAGCUGCAGGAGGACUUGCACGCGCUUCGCUGCCAGGUGGCCCAGCUGGCGCAGACGGAGCAGCCUGAGCGCCCCCAGGCAACCGUCACUGCUGGCUACCAGGAGCUGCCCCGGCAGAGAGAGCCAGAGGUCACGGAGCCGGUGCCAGAGAGGCAUUCCGGUUUGGCGGACAUGCACUUGGCCUUGGCGUCGAGGGUAGAGAUCCUGGAGCAGUCCAUGAAGAACCGAGCGCCGAGUCUGAGCCCCACUCCAACGACUCCAACAAUGCCUAUGCCUCCAUCUCCCAAAGGCCAGGAGACGGAUGGCAUCAUGCAGCGGUUCACGGACCUGGACAAGGUGCACCUAUCGACCCUGCAGCGGAUCGGCGAGGUUGAAAACCGCAUGGCGCGCCUGGAGGUGAGCAUACCUACCGUGCGGCCACAAAAGCAGGUCCAGACUUCUGCCUGGGAGGCGCCCGUGAACCAGCUGCAGACGAGCCAUGCUUCUCUUGCGGAGGAUUUGCAAGCCUCAGUCUCCCAAGUCUCCACCUUGCGCAGCAGCCUUUCAACUCUGCUCCGGUACAUCUCCGGCGAGCAACCAGAGGAGGACGCGACUGCUGUCCCCAACAAGCUGGAGUGGCUGGAACGGCGCAUCAGCCAGCUGGUGGCCAACAGAAAGGGCCUCACCUUGGAGGGACGGCUGCAGCAGCUGGAAGCCAUGGGCAGCCCGGAGAUCGCAAACCGGGUCCACCGUUUGGAGACGGUUCUGGGGAAGCUGGACGUGGACGCUGUGAGGGAGGUUCCGCCGCAGCUGACCAUUGUGAAAGAGGACCAGGAGACUUUCAAGCAGGACCUGCGCCGUGAGGUGCAGGAGCUCAAGGUCUUGGUGGGCUGCAUGGAGGCCUGCGUGCCCAAGGAGACCCGGAAGGCGAUUCAGCUCUUCAAGCGUGGCGCCGGCAUGCCGGACGAGGAGCUAAUCAGCCCUGAGAGUCUCAAGCUGCAGACGGACGUCAUCUCCUGGCGGGAGGAGUUGCAGCAGCAGCUUACGGAGUCCGAGACAAAUGCGGCGCAGCGCUGGGAUGGGCUCAACGCUCAGCUUGUCGAGCUGGAGAUGAAGCAGGAAAAGGUGGAGCUGCUUCUGAAGCGGAAGCCCACGCCCGAGGGCGAUGCCGGCUUUGUGGCGCCACAGGGGUGGACCAAAGGCGAGUGAUGCGCAUGUCGCGGCCCGACAGGACAGCUCCCGGGGUGAGCCGACAUGCCGCCUGGGUGUGGUACACCUAGGGUGCUCAGAUGUUCGUGUCGCGGGGCCCCUGGAAGACGGGGUCCCUCCAAUGGGCCAGGUGUCACCCCAGUGCUUCUUGAUCCAAGAUGGGUUCAUGGUUCU